CAUCGUAUCAACGUUCCAAGUAACAAUAACACUUAACUACAUUGACGCAAACAAUGUUCAAGUUGUAACGUGCUACACACGCAUUUUCCCUCCACUGUUCACACAAAUGUUUUAAAGUGCAUAAUAACUCCUGAUUCAUCGAAAAAAUAAUAAACAUCCAAUCAUGAACGAUUCGGAGCAGGAGGAGACAGUGGCUCAAAAGAAAGUACCAAAAUACGGCUUUAAAGUGCGAUUGGAUCAUAAGUACCCCGAGAAAUGGACUCAAGGUGCCAGACCAAGAUUGCGACAGUUGCCGCCUUUAAUUCCCCUGGGAAUUCGAUAUCUCUUUUAUUAUGCUCAAAUACGCCGUGAAGAUCGCUUACCGUUGAUGGACUACAUAAAUGUGAAGCAUGGCCAACAGAUUUAUGGAGCGCCGAUUGGUGGCAUCGGGACUGGAACCAUUGGUCGUGGGUUUAAGGGUGAAUUCUGCCGAUAUUCGUUGGUACCUGGUAUUUAUCGGUAUGAGACAGUGAUGGCCAAUCAAUUUAUACUAACGAUCCGUGAUAUACAGGGAAACACUAUCUAUCAUCAGGUUUUAUCUCCUUAUCCGAAACCGAAAUACCUAUCGUCGUGGAAAUGGGGAUUCGAUGGUAGUCGGGCGAAUUACACAGCUCUUUAUCCACGGUCAUGGACCGAGUUUUCUAUUGAUGAGCCGAAGGUGAGACUUAUCUGUCGGCAAAUAUCUCCAGUCAUUCCCCAUAAUUACAGGGAUAGCUCAUUGCCGUGUGCUGUUUUUGUCUGGGAAGUAAUUAACGAGUCUGAUCGUGAUUUGGAUAUCAGUGUCACAUUCACGUUUCAGAGUGGAAUAGGAGGCAAAGUUAUGUCAGGUGAAAAAUGGAACGAGUGUUUCGAAUACAAAAAUACCUCCGGUGUGAUGAUACACCAGAAAUUGAAGGGAAUGCCAUGCACGUACGCAAUAGGUUCAAGAGCAAGAGAAAACGUUGGCAUUUCGAGGACUCUGGAAUUUGAUCCACUAGGCGAUGGAAUAGAGUUUUGGGAAUCACUCGGACGCACUGGUAAACUUGAAGCUGAACCAAGGAGGGAAUCCCCAAGGAGAUUAAAAGAUAUUGCCUGUGGGGUUUGUGCUUCAAUUCGAGUCAAAGCUGAUGAAAUGCAGGAGCUUGAAUUUAGUAUAGUUUGGGAUAUGCCGAAGAUACAGUUUGCCGGAAAAGCACAAGAAUAUUCCAGGUAUUACACAAAAUACUUCAACAAUAUGGAUGGAACAGUAGCCCCAGAAAUUUGCGAUGAUGCAUUGAAUACCUAUAGGAAAUGGGAAACGAAAAUCUAUAGCUGGCAAAAAAUAAUUUUGCAAGAUAAUGAUUUGCCAGAAUGGUACAAAAGUGCUUUGUUCAAUGAAUUAUAUUAUGUGGCUGAUGGUGGGUCAAUAUGGCUGCGUAUUGAUGAGUCUGAAAAUUUGAAAUGCCUCGACAUACGGAGGGAAUACGGACGUUUUGCAUAUCUCGAGGGCCAUGAGUAUAGGAUGUAUAAUACCUAUGAUGUACAUUUUUAUGCUGCAUUUGCCUUGGCACAAUUGUGGCCACAUCUGCAGGCUAGCAUACAAUACGAAAUUCGAGAUACAAUUCAAAUGGAAGAUAAUCGAGAAAGAUCAUCACUUUAUGAUGGCUCCAGGCACCUAAGGAAAUUGAAAGGCUUUGUGCCACACGACGUUGGAGAUCCCGAGGAGGAGCCAUUUCAAAUGAUAAAUGCGUAUCCCAUCCACGACGUAUCCGCGUGGAAGGACCUGAAUCCCAAAUUCGUUCUCAGUUGUUACAGAGAUUACUGUCUAUUUGGUGAUAUACAGUAUCUCCAGGACUUUUGGCCGAGUAUCAAAAAGACUCUGGACCUCUGUUUGGUAUGGGAUAGAGAUAAAGAUGGCCUCAUUGAAAAUUCAGGAUUUCCAGAUCAAACUUACGAUAGCUGGGUGAUGACGGGACCUAGUUCAUACUGCGGUAGCUUGUGGUUAGCAUCGUUGCGGUGUGCUGUUCAAAUAGGAAAACUUGUCGGGGAUAACGAAAACGCUGCAAAGUACUCCCAAGUAUUGGAAAACGGCAAAUUUGCUUUUCAGGAGAAACUCUGGAAUGGUGCUUACUAUAACUUUGAUAGCAGCAAAUCGGAUCAUCGGAAAGCCAUUAUGAGUGAUCAACUUUGUGGCCAGUGGUAUUUGCGGGCCUGUGGCUUCGAGCAUGAUGUUUUCCCCGAGGAGCAUGUGAAUUCAGCAUUGCGCACAAUAUUUGCGAAUAAUGUUUUGAAAUAUAAGAAUGGCAAACAAGGCGCAGUGAAUGGCUUCCUUCCAACGGGAUCCAUUGAUUAUAUGACGAUAAUGAGUGAAGAAAUGUGGGUUGGUGUCACUUAUGGACUCGCUGCGUUAAUGAUUCAUCAGGGAAUGGUUGAUGAGGGGUUUUGUACGGCCGAAGGUGUAUAUCGCACUGUUUACGAGAAUAUCGGAAUGGGUUUCGAAACGCCCGAAGCACUGUAUGAAAACAAUUAUUAUCGAGCUAUUGGCUACAUGCGACCUUUGGCAAUUUGGGCUAUUCAACAUGCAUGGAACAUGAGAAAGAGAGUAAAUGAGAACUAGGAGCUGCCAAAUUGAAUUCCAAAAUCUAUGGUUUUUUUGUUUCUGUGUAUUAAUUUUCAGUGAAUCCGGAUGAUUAUGGAUACUGAGGUUAGCACAGAGUACAGGACGUUAAUCGAAUGAAUUAUUUUAUAAUUUAAUUAUACUCACUUUGCAUAAAAAUUCUUCCAUGGAUUUAUAGAUUCCAUAUAUUCGCAUUUCCAAUUCAAUGUGACUUGGCAUUAUUUGAUAUUGAAUAUGGACGUUUCCAUGGAGAAUUCAAGGAAGUCGAGAAAUUCUCAAUUUUUUGCUUCCUGAAAUUUUGCAUUCCUUCGAAGUGGGUAUCUCGGUAGACCUUCAGAACUUCCGGAAUAGUUUCUGGAAGGUUAGUUUCAAACGAGAUGAUAAGUUUUAUUCAGCGAACGGAGAUUUUAUUAUAGAUGUGUAAUGCAUCAAACUCAGCCAUUUCCAUGUGGACAAUUAAUAAUCGAAAAAAUGUUGAAUAAUUAUUGCAUUUUUUUUAUCAUACGAUUUUUUGCAAUUUUGCAUAUGUACUGUUUAUUAAAGUGGAGUUUUUUCAAAAGAAC